UACACUACUUUUUCCGCUUCUGCAGCCCCCGCCAAAUUUCUGCUAAACAGAGAGCGAAGAAAGAAGCCCUAAGCUGUGAAAAAUCCGCCAUGGCGUCGACUUCAAGGGCCGGCGGCGUUCAGGGGAAAAUACGGCAGGCGACGUCGACCAUAUGCGAUGACAAUCAAUCUCUUGUCGCGGAGAUUCGGAAGGGUAUUGGACGGUUAAAGGAUAUUGCAGUGGAUCUCGAGAGGGAUAAUCAAUCGCAGAAGGCGAAGGAACUUGAAAAUGCUGUUCUGGAGCUAAUAAAGGCUUUUGAGGAUUGUCAGCGGUUUUCAAUGGUCGUCAACUCUGUUGGGGACGCAUACGAGCCCGGGCCCGAACUAACUGAUUUUGGUAAGUUGUUCGACAAUGAGAUGGCAAAGCUCGGGGGUAAUUCAUCUUCGGUUUCACAAAACCAUCCGUUACUAAGGCAGUUUCGGCAGGCAAUCUGGGAUGUUCAUCAUCAUGGACAGCCUAUGCCUGGGGAAGAGCAGGAGGACAUUGUUAUGACGAGUACUCAGACCAGCCUCUUGAAUGUUGCUUGUCCGCUGAGUGGAAAACCGGUCACUGAAUUAUCUUCUCCAGUUCGAGGCAUGGACUGCAAGCAUGUCUACGAGAAACAGACGAUUUUAAUAUACAUUAGGUCCAAGGGUGGGAAUGCUAAAUGCCCUAUUCCAGGUUGCCCCAGAGUACUGCAUGCGAAUGGAGUGAUUUGUGAUCCGCUGCUACUUUGCGAUAUUGAGGAAUUGCGCUCAAUGAACAAACAGAAUGUUGGACCGGGUGGUAUAGAAGAUGUCACUGAACUUGUCGACGACGACAGGGAAGAGGAUGAUUGAUGAAGUUGGUAAAUGAGAUUAUUUUGUUGGCUUUAAAUUAUUGAUAUUCCUUAGUAGAGAUGAUGUCUAAGCAGUUGGUUCAUCCAUGUUGCACAGUGAUGUUUCUUAACUUAGGAGAAGGGUAUAUUCUGCUGAUGUGUAAUUGUUCGGUAAAUAUCAAGAUAAUUCUUAUCUCCGUCGGGUUAAUCAUUGAUUGUGAUUGGUCU